AUGUUAAGGGCGUUAUUAAUUAAUAUUAUAAAACAAACACAAUUUCUUUCAAAAUUACAACAAUAAAUAAUGGCAGAUAAAAUUUUAAAAUGGCAAUAAUCCUUUCCUCUUUUUUAUUAAAUAAAAUAAACAAAAAAAUCAGUUAAAAAUAAAUAAAACACAAACAAAUAAAUAAAUACGUUAAUAAUAAAUAAAUAAAUAAUUAGAAUAUAUAAAAAAACAAAAUAAAGAAAACAUAAAUUAAUUAAGAAAAACUGCAAAUCAGUUAACUAAAUAAAUAAUGAUAAUAACAAAAAACUAAAAAAUAAAUAAAAGAAUUAAAAACCAAAGCGAAAUCAAAUAUUCAUUUUUACAAACAGUUUAAAUAUAAUAAUGCGCUUCAUCAAUAAUUAAUUAAUUUUUAUGAUAAAUAAUAAAUAAAUAAGUAUUUCAUUUUGA